AUGACAAGUGAUCCAAAUCCUUCAGGAUCUUACUUGCUCUCAAACAGAAAUUCUAAAACAGAUGACACCUACUUGAAGGAACUGAAUGAAGACUUAAAGCUAAGGAAGCAGGAACUGCUAGAGAUGCUAAAACCCCUAGAAGAUAAGAACAACCUUUUACUCCAGAAAUUAUUGUCUAACUUGGAGGAAAAACAAAGAAGUCUGCAGAUCAUGAGGCAGAUCAUGACAGGGAAGGGAUGCGAUGAAUCCUCAGUCAUGGAGCUCAUUAAGGAGGCAGAGGAGAUGAAACAGAACCUGGAAAGGAAAAACAAGAUGCUUCGGAAGGAAAUGGAGAUGCUAUGGAACAAGACAUUCGAGACAGAAGAGGUUCAUGAUCAACAAAACGCAGCACAGAUAAAACCUAAGACAGAUUUACAGGAGAGAAAGGAAAAGCAACAGAGGAAGAUGGAAUGGGUCAGGUACCAGGAACAAGCCAACAUCUUUCAGAAUGACUUUCAUGGCAAAGUGAUUGAGCUGAGAAUCGAAGCCUUGAAGAACUACCAGAAGGCCAAUGACCUGAAAUUAUCACUGUACUUACAGCAGACUUUUGAGCCAAAGCAAGCAUUUUUAAAUCUUCCGAGGUCCCAAGGUACUAUGGGUAACACAAACAAGCGCAGAGCAACUACUGAAAAAAAUGAACCCAAUGUGAGAAUUAUGGGAUCAAAGACCUACAUAGAACAACAAGAAGCUACAGAAACUCAGUCUGAUGAUGUAGGAGAGAGGCUCUUUAUUCUGAGGUCACUGCCAGAAGAAGCUCUGAAGGAUUAG